AUGGCUGUGGAUAUUCCUCGUUCGGUGGUACAAAAGCUAAUGGGUUAUACCAUUGCUAUGGUAUCUCUACCAUUAAUAACUUUCUUCCUAAUCCAACAAUAUACACCAAACACUUUGAUAAGUGGUGGUCUGGCUGCUGCUAUGGCUAAUGUCGUACUAAUUGCGUACGUUAUUUCUGCUUUCUCUGAGGAUACUACUGAUUACGAGAAAGAAUCUAAGAAAGAUUAA